AUGGCUGAGUCUCCCACAGCUGAGCAGCUGGAUUCUGUUCUGGACACCACAGUGCUGACAAGUACAAAUUGGAGCUUAGAUCCUCUGACUGAGGCAGCUAGAAAAUCUGUCUCACUCUCCUGGACAGAGAUCCUCUCCCUGGUCAUUGCCCUGGUCGGGCUGGUGCGGAACAGCAUCGUCCUGUGGCUGCUGGGCUUCCGCACCCGGAGGAGCCCCUUCUCUGUCUACAUCCUCAACCUGGCCGCGGCCGACGCCCUCUUCCUUGGCAGCCACUUUGUGUUGUGCAUGUGGGUAAUUGUUGGAGAUUUAAACCUUCUCGUCCUGAUGCUGCUAGGGCCCUGCCUCCUAAACAUGUCCUAUUGUAUGGGUUUGAGCCUGCUGGCGGCGAUCAGCACGGAGCGCUGCCUCUCUGUGCUCUUCCCCCUCUGGUACAGAUGUCACCGGCCCAAGCACAGGUCUGCGGCUGUGUGUGCCUUCCUAUGGGCUCUGCCUGGCCUGUAUUGGGGAGUAUAUGUGGCUCUUUAUUUCCCGAACAAGAACACCUUCUAUGAUCUCUACUUCGAUCUCAACUUGGUCCAGUUCGGCUGGUUCUCCCUCCUCACCUGUGUGCUGGGCGUGUCCAGCCUGAUGCUGGUGCUGAGGGUCCAGUGCAGCUCCCAGCGCAUGCGCCCACCAAGGCUCUACUUCCUGGCGCUGCUCACAGUCCUCGUGUUCCUGCUCUGCGGCCUGCCCUGGGGUUUUUUUUAUGCAGUUUGGAUUUUUAGCCGCUUCCCUUUAAUGUUUUAUGAGCUCUCCAGGCUCCUGGCCUGUGUGAACAGCAGCGCAAACCCUUUCAUUUACUUCUUCCUGAGCAGCAAUGGCGUAGAAGAGGGAGGGAGCCUCUCAGGGUGGUCCUGCAGAGGGCUCUGGGGGAGGAGCAGGUGGCAGGGGGUGAGGGGAGGGGCACUUCCCACCCCAACACUCUGCAUAAUUUAUCCUGAGGAUGAGAACAAGAUGCUCAGACAAGGGAUCCCAUGCAAUGACCCUCCCCUUCCCCCACCCCUGCAGAGGGCAGGAGCCCCCCUCUCACCUUCAUAG